UCCGGCGGGGCGGCGGCGGCUGGGCCGGGAUGGAGGCCGUGCCCCGCAUGCCCAUGAUCUGGCUGGAUCUCAAGGAGGCCGGGGAGUUCGCUUUCAACGCCGCUGUCAAGAAGACCCAACCUCCACCAACAUUUCACUUGUGGUUCAUAACCGUGAUGGGCACUGGUGUCAUCAAGAAGCCCACUGCUGCGUGUAGAUGAACUUCUCCUUAUCUCUCUCUGUUGCUGGGGAUUUUGGGGAGAGGAGGAUGCUCAGAAAGAGUGAGCUGACGCGCUCCCGUUUCUGACAGCCCCACUGCUGGCAAAGCUCUGCUGCCCCGAUGUGCAGCAGUAAGGAUUGAGGGAAACUACAGUUUGUUUUGAAGAACUAUGGGGAGAACCCAGAGAACUACAACGAGGAGCUGCGGAAGCUGGAGGUGCUCCGGCAGAGCGCCGUGAAUGUGCCUAGGGACUUCGAGGGCUGCAGCACACUGAGGAAAUACUUUGGCCAGCUCCACUACCUGCAAAGCCGGAUCCCCAUGGGCGCCGAACAGGAGGCUGCGGUCCCCAUCACAUGGACAGAGAUCUUUUCAGGCAAGACGGUGACUCAUGAGGACAUCAAGUAUGAGCAGGCUUGCAUCCUGUACAACCUGGGUGCGCUGCACUCCAUGCUGGGUGCCAUGGACAAGAGAGUGUCUGAGGAGGGCAUGAAGGUUUCAUGCACCCAUUUCCAGUGUGCUGCCGGUGCCUUUACCUACCUGCGGGACCACUUCCCCCACUCCUACAGCGUAGACAUGAGCCACCAGAUCCUCAACCUCAACAUCAACCUCAUGCUGGGCCAGGCACAGGAGUGUCUGCUGGAGAAGUCCAUGCUGGACAACAGGAAGAGUUUCCUCGUGGCCCGGAUCAGCGCUCAGGUGGUGGAUUACUACAAAGAGGCCUGCCGGGCCUUGGAGAACUCGGAGACAGCCUCACUGCUGGGAAAGAUCCAGAAGGACUGGAAGAAGUUGGUUCAAAUGAAGAUCUACUAUUUUGCUGCUGUGGCCCAUCUGCACAUGGGAAAACAGGCCGAGGAGCAGCAGAAGUUUGGGGAAAGGGUCAUCUACUUCCAGAGUGCACUGGAUAAACUCAAUGAAGCUAUCAAACUGGCAAAGGGACAGCCAGAAACUGUCCAGGAAGCCCUGAGAUUCACCAUGGAUGUAAUCGGUGGCAAGUACAACUCAGCCAAAAAAGACAAUGACUUCAUCUACCACGAAGCUGUGCCUGCCUUGGACACCCUGCAGUCUGUGAAAGGUGCUCCACUGGUGAAAGCCCUCCCUGUCAACCCCACGGACCCCGCUGUCACCGGCCCUGAUAUCUUUGCCAAGCUGGUGCCCAUGGCUGCCCAUGAGGCAUCUUCACUGUACAGUGAGGAGAAGGCCAAACUGCUGAGAGAUGUGAUGGCAAAGAUUGAAGCCAAGAACGAAGUGCUGGACCAGUUCAUGGACUCCAUGCAGCUGGACCCUGAGACAGUGGACAACCUGGACAUGUACAGCCACAUCCCCCCCAUCCUGAUGGAGAAGUGUGCUGCGCUCAGCGUGCGCCCCGACACCGUCAAGAACCUCGUCCAGUCCAUGCAGGUGCUCUCCGGGGUGUUCACUGACGUGGAGGCCUCGCUGAAGGAGAUCCGGGACCUCCUUGAGGAGGACGAGGCGCAGGAGCGGAAGCUGCAGGAGCUGCUGGGGAAGGGCUCGGUACCGCAGGGCUCCCCGCCGCCACCAUCCUCCACGGGGCUGGCUGAGGUCAGCAAGGAGUGCUCCAAGUACAUGGAGGUGCACGAGAAGGCCAGCUUCACCAACACGGAGCUGCACAAAGCCAUGAACCUCCACAUCGGCAACCUCCGCCUGCUCAGCGGGCCGCUGGAACAGGUCCGGGCUGCGCUGCCCUCACCCACACUGAGCGAAGAUGACAAACAGGUGCUGCAGAACCUGAAGAGAAUCCUGGGCAAGGUGCAGGAGAUGAGGGACCAGCGGAUGUCCCUGGAGCAGCAGCUGCGUGAGAUGAUCCAGAAGGACGAUAUCACCACCUCGUUGGUCACCACCGACCGCUCCGAGAUGAAGAAACUCUUUGAGGAGCAGCUGAAGAAGUAUGACCAGAUCAAGGUGUACCUGGAGCAGAACCUGGCUGCCCAGGAGAACAUCCUGAAGGCACUGACAGAUGCCAAUGUCAAAUACGCAGCUGUGCGCAAGGCCCUGGCCGAGGUGGAGCACAAGUGGAACACCACCGUCCAGACCUUGGUGGCCUCCUACGAAGCCUACGAGGACCUGAUGAAGAAAUCCCAGGAGGGGAAGGACUUCUACACGGACCUGGAGGGGAAGGCUGCCAAGCUGCUGGAGAAGGCGCGGGCGGCCUGCCAGGCUGCUGAAGCCAACAGGCAGCAGAUCUUGGAGAAGGAAAUGAAGAAGCACCCCCCCCCCUCGUCCCACAGCCCCCAAACCCGCCCUGCAGAAGAAGCCAUUGGAGCUGGAAGCCGAGGGGCCGGAGGUGGGCGACCUCCCCCCGCUGGCCUCCCUGGGCUUGGCCGACCUGCCCGAGGAGCUGCGCAGCCUCCCCCCCGACGUGCUGGCCGCACACCUGGCCCGCCUGCCGCCCGCCACGCUGGCCGCGCUCGCCCUCGACCCCGCCGUGCCUGCCGGGCUGCGGCCCCCCGGCCCCGACCUCUUUGCCCCCAGGCUGGCGAGCGCACCGCUGCAGCCCGGCCAGCCCUUCGCCCCGCCGCGCUUCCCCGCCCCCCCCGCGCACUACGGGCUGCCGCCGGCGCCCGCUGCCGGCCCGGGGCCCUUCCCCCCCGGCUCCGGAGCUCCGGUACCGCCGGCGCGGCUCCUGCAGCCCUCCGCCCCCCAGGUGAGCGGGCCGCCCCCCGGCUCGGCCCCCUCCUCCGCCCCUCAGCUCUUCCCGGCCGCUUCGCUGCUGCGGGGCGCGGUGCCGCCCGGUUACGCGGUGCCCCACCUGCUCCCCCCGCGCUCGUCCCCGCAGCACGGCCCCGCCGCGGCUCCCGCCGCCUCCUACGGCCUGGGCCAAGCGGGGCUGCCCCCACCCGGCCCCGUCGGACCCCCGGCCGCGGGCCCGACCCCCGCGGGCGUCCCCGAGCAGAGCCCGGCCGCCCGCCCGGCCACCACCACCGUGGACAGCGUGCAGGCGCCCAUCUCCAGCUGCGCCGCCCCGCCGCGGCUCCCCGGGCCGGGAGUGCCCCCCGGGGGGGGCUUCGCGGCCCCGCAGCGCCCGGGCGGCCCCGCCGCCUCCUUCCCCCCCUUCGCCCAGCCGGGGCUGCAGCCGCCGUUCGGCCGCUCGGCUCCGUUCCCUCCGGCGCAGCCCCCUGCCGCCUUCGCUCCCCCCGCGGACCUCCCGCUUCGCCCCCAGGCCGUCCCCUCCCCGCAGCCGUUCCCUCCCGCGGGGGCCGCUCCCUUCCUCCCCCCGGCCCGCCCGCAGGUCUCGCUGCCCUUCCAGCCCCCGGCCCGCCCCCCGCUGCCCCCGCAGACCCCCUUCGCCCAGCAGCCCUUCCCCGGCCCCGUAGGGCAGCUGCCCCCCGGGCAGCCCCCGCUGCGGCCUCAGCUCUACCCGCUGCCCCCCGGGCAGGACCAACUGCCGCCCCCCGGGCUCCCCCCGCACGGGGGCUCCCUCUCGUUCGGCACGGCGGUGCCCGGACCCCCCGCGCAGAGCGGCCCAAUGGCUCAGCCCGUGCCCGGCGCCCUGCAGCCCGUGCCCGGCGGCUCGGCGGCUCUGCCCUUCCGCCCCAGCCCCGCUCCGUGCCACCCCGCCGCCCCCGGCCCCGUGAGACCCCCGCAGCCGUCCCCCGCCCCGUCUCCCGGCCCCGUCCUCAGCCACGUCCAGGGCCCCGUGGUGGUGCAGUGCCCCCUCGUCCCCUCCCCGGCGCCGUCCCCGCAGCCUCCCGUGCAGCCGCCGCCGUUGGUGCCCGGCGCGGUGCCGCACAGACCCCCGCCGUCGCUGACCCCCGCGCCGGGCGCCGCCGAGGCCGCCUUCCAGCGCCAGAGCUCCUCCACCGACGACCUCCUGUCCUCCAGCCCCGAGAGCCAACACGGCGGCUCCAAGGCGGCCGUGGGGCAGCCCCUCUUGCAGCCCACCAAGGCGGACGCCAAGGAGGGCCAGAAGCCCAAAGCGGUGCAGCUGAUCGAGAACGACCCCUACGAGAAACCCGAGCGCGUUCUGCGGCUGCGGGCUGAGCUGGAGCGCUUCCGAGCGCUGCUGCAGCGCCUGGAGCAGACGGAGCCCGGCGGCACCGCGGAGCUGGACGUGCUCUGGAAGGAGCUGCAGGACGCCCAGGAGCGCGACGCCCGGCAGCUCUCCAUCGCCAUCGCCCGCUGCUAUUCCAU